CUCCACGGGAUGAGUACCAAACGACUUCGAGGGACGGAUACGGCCAGCCAUCCCCGGCGCCCUCUCUUUCCCAGUUCCCCUCCCCGACAGCCACGGCGAAGUCUUUUCUUUCCCCUUCUCUCUUCCGGCUUCCGCCUACCACCCUGCGUUUGGAAGUGUAGAGCGAACUUACUCCUUCCGCUUCUCUCUCUCCUCGCCGCUUCUGUUUUGUUUUAUCUGCCGCGGUCCACGGACCACGGCUGUGGAUCUUCGAGGGGUCACUUGAAAAUCCAAUCUUGCGGCGGCCUGCAUGCUUCAACCCGGCGUCUAGCGUCCCUCUGGAUUGUUGCUGCCUCGCUUCUCCUCGUGAUCGGCCGCAUUGAGCUGCGGAUUCGCGUCCGGUUUCCUCGACGCCCGCCUGCGCGAGUGGUAUUUACUGCGCGCUUUCGGCGUUUCUUCUUUGCUCCCUUCCCAAUUUGCUCUGGUCGGGAGUAGAUGCCCCGAGUCAAUUCGAGUGAUUCCUUUCCGCUCCUUGAAUUCAUUCUAUAGGUUUCUUUUCUGGUCAUGGUGAACGACGGCGAGCAAUCGGCGAUCACCGCCGCCACCGCCCCAGUCGAGCCUAGCGUGGAGCGGGGCCGCGUGAGUGGCAGCGGGCGGCGGCUCGCGGAGGAGAGCUCGGACGAGGAGGAGGGGAGCCAUCGCUUCUCGGACGCCGAGGACCGGUCCUGGCAGUCGCACUCGCGGCAAGGCUCCGCCUUGGACUCCACGUCUGCGUCCGUCGGCUGCGACGCCGGCCCUGGGGACGCCGCCGAGCGCGCCCGGAAGUCGUGUGUGUCGGAGUGCUCGCUGGACGACGUCGUCGACCUGGAGGCGGGGCUGGCCGAGAUCACAAAGGCUAGCCCGGACAAGGACGAGAGGAACUGCCGCAUCUGCCACCUCGGCCUGGACAGCACCGCCGCCGAGUCCGGCGCCGGCAUCGUGCUCGGUUGCUCCUGCAAGGACGACCUCUCCUGCGCCCACAAACAGUGCGCCGAGACCUGGUUCAAGAUCAGAGGCAACAAGAUCUGCGAAAUCUGUGGCUCAACCGCAUGCAACGUGGCAGGUUUCAGUGAUGCGGACUUCAUCGAGCAGUGGAAUGAAUCGAGCAGCACAGCUGCCGCCCAGGCAACAGCCACCGAGCCUCGGAGGUUUUGGCAAGGGCACCGGUUCCUCAACUUCCUCCUCGCUUGCAUGGUGUUUGCAUUCGUCAUAUCCUGGCUCUUCCACUUCAAUGUCCCUGGAUGAGUCCAGGCGCGCAUUUGUUCUCCAUAAAAGCUCCAGAACCAAGACUGAUGAAGUAUGGGAAAGUGCCAGAACGCAAACAGGCUGGGUAUGGGCAGGGCUGAAGAUUUGAAGAGAGUUGCUUGGGUGAAGUGAAUGGGUGGUGUUAAUUUAUUGAGAGUAUGACUGCACAUGCUGCAAAAAAGAAAAAAGUGGAAGGCUGGUUAUUCUGUAAAGAUUGGGUGCGGAUUUGCGGGAAAUCGGGGAAUGGAAGAUCUCAUGUUUCAUGGCUUCA